AUGGAAAUGGAGGUGAUGGUAUUAUUUAUUACGUUUACAUUGUCAUGUGAUGCAAUUAAACUUGGCAUUUUGGAAAGCGAUCGAAAUCUUGUGCAUAUAUGUGAAAUGGCCUUAAAGGAUGGUGAAGAUGAUGGACAAUGCACUGCCAACACCAUCCAGAUAUUAGAUGCUGCAACAUGCACGGCUGAUAAUCCAGCAAAGGGUACAGCUAACGCUGUCGUUUUUCACUUUCAAGAGCACAUAGAGGCAUUCAUUGAUUCGAAUUGUCAAAGUGAAAUAUUGGAAAUAGCUGGGUUAGCUCGUUUCUGGAAUUCUCCAGUUAUGGUACGAACUGUCACAAAUCCCAGCAUCAAUGAUCCGGAUUUAUAUCCUACCGCUGUACAAUUUGGUCUUACAUCUCCAGUUGAUUUCACAUAUGCUAUAAAAUCGCUUAUUGAUUACCUCAAUAUUACUUCGGUGGUUCUGGUGAGUUCUGCUGGAAGUAGCUUUGACCAUUACUCUAUUGUUGCCGGAAUCGAACAAAUUACAAGAAAACAACGUCUAUUUCGGAUAGAAAAGUUUAUCGAAAUUGACGAAUAUAUGCUGGCAAAAAAUGAAGUCACCGGGGAAAAUCUCAGGACAACCACAAGCAUGAUCAUUAUUGGAAAUGAUUUCAUAAAUUUGGGAAUGGUUUUUCAUAAACUUGAUGUUAUUACACUUACUAAUGAUCAGUAUAUGAUAAUUUUGAUAUGCAAUCAAAUUAGCGAAAUAUGUACCAAUGGAAUAAAAAAUAUUAUUACUCGUGCUAAGAUCAUUGUUUUAGCUCCAAUAAUUGAACAAUAUAAAUCGAUCGAAGAUAAACUCAACAAACGGCUCAAUUUCACAGUAAAAGAUAACGAAGUGGAGAUGUAUGUGACAAUGUAUGAUGCAUGCUACGGUUUUUGUUUUGGCAUCGGACAUAACUCAAUUCUGGAUGGGAAGCAAUUAGCUCAGUCUAUGAGAAAUCAGCAUUUCACCGAUGCAUUUGGAAAUGUUACCUUGGAUGGUGCAGCAAAACGUCUACAAAAUUAUGCGUUUCAAUGGUUACCUUCAGAAAAUGAUGGAUUUCAAGAAGUUAUGACACUAACGAUGAUUGAGGCGCAAUGUACACCUGAAAACAAAUGCUUUGAUUUGUCUAAAGGACGUGCAGUGAGUGAUAACUUAAGUCAUAAACGACGGCAAUUGGAUUCCUACGCAUUGGUUGGUACUUUAAAAGCUGAAUUUAUGUGUUUCAAACAGUAUAAGCGAAUUCCAUGGAAUAAGGUGCAAUUGAAAUUUCUUUAUGAAUUGAAAUCACUGAAUCACAAUAAUUUAACCAAUUUUAUCGGCAUUUGUUACAAUGAUUUUGAUCGUUUCUACGUGUUACACACAUUAAUCGAACGUGCAUCACUGGAAGACUUCAUCUAUGAUCACCAAUUUAAUGUGGAUAAUACUUUCAAGUGUGCCUUUAUUAAAGAUAUAUUAAAGGGAUUACAAUACUUACAUAAAUCACCAAUUGGAUAUCACGGAAUGCUAUCGCUAAAAACAUGCAUGAUUGAUUCAAAUUGGGUUCUCAAAUUAACAAAUUUCGGAAUUUCAACCAUGCUGAAUGAAUUGAUCGAUCAGAAUUAUAUACGCGCUGCAGAACUGAUUCCUCAACAGUUUGCGCCGGAACUAUUAAUUGGUAUUCAAAUUGGAUGGAAUUUUCCAAAAGGAACCGUUAUGGGAGACAUCUAUAGCUUCGGAAUAAUGCUUUAUUCUAUUAUUUUUCGAAUCAAGCCAUUUGAUCGGUUUUCAUUGAAAGAAGUGCUCUCUAAUGUGAUUCAAAAAUCGCUACGGCCACAUAUUGAUAAUGAUAAUAAUGAUCCGCUAAUUCCAUUAAUGUGCCAGUGCUGGAAUUCAAUACCAGAAGCACGACCGAAACUCCAAAAUAUUCGUGAAAUCAUUGGAUCAAUUUUCUCAUGCUCGAAAGGUAACUUGGUAGAUCAAAUGAUAAAAAUGAAUGAGAAAUAUGCACAAAACUUGGAACAUAUCGUUGCGGAACGAACUUCACUUCUGGUAGAAGCACAACAACAAACUGAUCGAUUACUUUGCGAAAUGCUACCACCAUCCAUAGCAGCGGAGCUAAAAGCAGAGAAAAUAAUCAUUCCACGAAAUUACAAAUCAGCUACGGUUGGUUUCUGUCAAAUCGUUGGCUUUAUGCAUCUGAUGGAACAAUGCACACCUGAGCAGGUGAUUUCCUUUUUAAAUGAAACCUUCAUGAUUUUCGACGAAGUAAUCAAACGUCACGAUGCUUAUAAAGUUGAAACAACGGGCGAAACGUAUAUGAUGGCAUCAGGAGUUCCCAGUGAAAAUGGUGGUCAGCAUAUCUUCGAAAUUGCUGAGAUUGCACUUGAAAUACGUGAGAAAACUUUCACAUAUAAAAUUAUUUCUGCACCAAAUUGGCACCUUCGUGUUCGUAUCGGAUUCCAUUGUGGACCUAUUGCUGCUGGUGUCAUCGGUUUACGAUCACCAAGAUACUGUUUAUUUGGUGAUACGGUAAAUUUUGCAUCUCGAAUGCAAAGUAACUGUGAAUCUAAUCAGAUACAAGUAGCUGAAAGUACAGCAAAAAUUUUAAUGGAAAAUUCCAAAUAUAAACUCACAAAACGUGGAGUUGUAAACGUAAAAGGCAAAGGAGAUGUAAACACAUACUGGUUAAAUGAACUCGUCGUAAAUGAACAAAAAUCAACAAAUGCAACGUCGAAUAGCGAAAUGUUGCAUCAAACGUUAAGCAAUGAUGUAAGCUUGUCGAUGGUGAAGAAUGCAACAGUUGACCUUGCCUCCACAGGCCUCAUAAACGAUUCAAAAUAA